AUGGGCAAAUCCUCACAAAGUUUGAAUCUUAUUUACUAUGACUGUUUAGAUAAGAUCACUCAAAGUAUUAAAAAGAUACUUGAAUUUAUAAAUGAGGAUGAAGAGGUAUUUAAAUUUGAAAUUAGCAUUGAUGUUUUAUAAUAUGAAAAUAUUUGGUACUUUUUAUAGAUUAUUGAAUGGCCAGCAUUAUUUAAAUUUGAAUUUGUAAUAUUUCAAGAGAUUACCAUGAAAAUGCAUGAAAUUAAGCAAAUGUAACGACCAUUCAGAGAUACUAGUAUUGUGCUAAGAUUUGGAGGAGGUUUUAUUGUAACAAAUUCGAACAUACCAAAUUUGUAAACAAAUACAAAAUUUUCAUACUUUCCAGGAUUUAUAAUGAUAUAAAGAUUAUCAAUGUAAACAUUACAAUUAGAUAUUGAUUUUGAUUCAAUUGUUCAAAACACAUUUGGUGAUUAUGGAUCAUGUGAAUGUGAAAUGAAUGAUGAGGUUAAAUUACCUGAUGUCUCAUUAGAUUGGUUGGAUAAAUAAAUAUAUAUAUCAAAAAAUACAAAUUGCGAAUCCUUCAUUUUAUCUGGGUGGCUUAAAAUUAAUGAUAUUAUAUCGUCAACAGGUGAUUUUACUUAUAAGUUUAUAAUGUUAUCAGCGAACUUUGAAAAUUAAUUUUCUAAUUAGAAUCUAUCUCCUUUUCAAAUGAGCUAUUAAAUAUCUUCUGGAGUUAAAAAACUUUUAUUUUCAACUUAUUCUUAAACCUUUCCUGAUGUUACUAUUGAUUUUGUAGAUGAUGCCUUUAUAAUAAAGAAGGAGUUUAUUAUAACAAACUCCAUUUUAAUAUGGCAUAAUAUUUAUGUUAAUUUAUAAGACGAUUUACUUACUGUUGUUAUUAAAUUUUAUGAAGGAAAUGCAAUUUAUGAGUACAAUGAUUAAUCUAAUGUUCACUAAUUUCAUUGUAUUCAAUCUAAAUUGCAAUAUGGGAAUCUUCUCUAAUCUGCUGGUAGUUAUGUGAUUGUAGAUGUGAAGAAUUUAGUAUUCAUGAAUUGUAAUGAAUCAUUUCAAUAAUAAACUGUCACUUUAGUUGUUAAGACUGUAAUGGACCUACUAUGUACGAUUGUUUAUCUUGUUCACUCGAAUCAUAAAGAAUAUAUAUACAAGAACAUAAGGUUUGUGUCUGCCCAUAUAAUUCAAUCGAUGAAUAUACUUGCUAAAUUUAUGUUAAUUCAGAACUACAAUUGA